CUGAGCUACUUCCUAUCGAGUUUUUGGCCAUCGGUAAAAACAAAAAAAAAACAAAAAAAAUACCAUACAAAAAUAAUAAAUAAAAAAGGACGAAACUGAACUGAAAGUUGAACGGAAACCGCAAAAUUGAACGCUUGGUGGUGUGCGUGUGUGCCCGAUUCCAUUUUGCGAUGCAGUUUUUGUGUUUUUGACAUUGCAUUUUACAACGGGGAACGGCAGAAAAACAGAAAAUAGGAGAAAGGAUCCGGCAAAAGGAUCAACAUAACGCUAAGCUACGGCGUGCGUGUGUGUGUGUGCGAGGCUGUUGCUUCCCUUGUGGCCGAGUGUAUGUGUGUUUUGUGUGUGUCUGUGUGUGUGCAGUCACGUGUUCUAAGGUGAUUUUAACGAGUUCCGUGAUACGCGAAAUGAGAUAAGGAACGGGAAAGGAGCCAAGCAGCGGAGAAAGGAGCAAAGCCGAGCAGCAAGCGGCUUAGGCUACAAAAAAAAGAGCAUAAGCAAAAGCGAAGCCAGGACACACAGGAUACUACGCUGGCUGCGUGGUCUUAAAGGAUUCGUAAAUAAAUCAACCAAACAUUGCAUAAAAAAUCAAAUUGAUUUGCCAAAUUGUGCAGACCGAGAGAGAAACACAAGACCAUAGAAAAAUUCGCAUGUGCAAAAUUAUGACACAAAUUGAAAAUAUUACUUAAACUUGAACAAGAAAAACAACUGUGAGAGAUAACCUGAAGACAGAAAUUAACACCUUUCAAAAUGCGGGUGUCACAAAUUGUUUAUCAUUUAGCUUUCAAAACGACGCUUCUUGCUGUCUUAAUUGGCCUGACCGCCGCUCUGAGGGACGUCCGGGUGCGAGUCCCGCACGCGGUCAAGCGCGGUGACAAGGCCGUCCUCAAAUGCUUCUACGACAUCGAGGAUGACAGUCUGUACUCCGUGAAAUGGUAUCGUGGCAGACGCGAAUUCUACAGAUACACGCCCAAGGAGACGCCACCGAUGAAGAUCUUUCACUUUCCCGGACUAAAAGUGAGACGCGUGUCCUCGAACGAGAGCCAAUUGGUGCUUGAAUCGGUAACAAUGGCUACAUCCGGUAAAUACAGUUGCGAAGUAUCUGCGGAUGCGCCCUCGUUUCAUACAUUAAUAGCGGCAGCCGAAUUGGAAGUUAUUGAGCCGCCGCACAGUGCGCCGUUAAUAUCGGGCAUCCAUUCCCGAUAUAGGGUCGGCGACAUAUUGCGAGGUAAUUGCACAUCGCGUCACUCGCGACCGGCGGCCAAUCUCACAUGGACAGUGAAUAAUGAAGAGGUAAAUCCUUCCCACGUACGUCACCACAAGUUGCUGAGAGAUCCUCACAACGAUAUGCAAACUGCCAUUGUGGGCAUCCAUUUCGUGGUCACUGAUCAGCACUUUGACAACGGCAAACUUAAGCUUCGAUGCAGUGCCCAGCUGCACGAUGUCUACUGGAAGACCACGGAGAAGACGAUUCUCGAGGUGGAUGCGUUUGGCAAGUAUGGAAACGGGGCCAGCGGAAAUCGGGUUAGUCCUGAUGAAUUCUACGACCAGUACACGUUGCACGAGGAUGAGCAAUUUCACAACAAGAAGAAUAGCUACCUGACACAGAUUCAGGACUUUCUCUUUAAUUUUGUACCCUCAGGCGAAGAAGACGACGGAACGGAGGGCGGCAUGGAGGAUGGUGGCGCCGCCUGGCGUGGCGCUGGUUCAUCGACGGGCUCGCGUCCGUGCCACAGUCAAUCCUGGGCACUUUUGGCCCUGGGCGGUGGAUCACUGAUGGCGGCGCUCAGUUGGACAGUCGGAGGGCAAUUAGUGUCGCCGUUACAGGCGAUGACAAAGGCCAACGGCGGGGCAACCAGCAAUGCGAGGAACAACACCGGCGACUCCGGCAGCAGCCGGAGCAUCCCCACCAGGAGGUGCACAGUCCGCCGGACAAGGCCCGGGGAGAUGCGGGCACUGCAGCUGGACGGGAGCUGCAGCCUGCGGGCGUCAAAGCGCAGCUGGAAAGGAUGCAGCAGCGGCAGUAACAACAGCAGGAGAGGCGUUGGGCAAUUAACAUGAUUCAAUUGCCAUGCAACUCGAGUGCCACAUUUCAGGGACGAUAGGGGAUGCGGAGGCCGGGACAGAAACGGAAACGGAAACGGCGACGGAGACGGCGAGGGAUGUGGGAGUCCAACAUAGAUAGGGGAUGUGGGUGGAGUUUAGCCCAAGGCCAAGACCCAAAAGCAACUGCUAAAUGUAUCUAAAUAUUUACACACCUAUACACUAACACACCAGACACUCGUUUCAGCUAGCUCAAAGUAACUUCAAAUGCAUUUAAGGAAAAAUACAAAGCCGAACAAGACAAUCAGGGAAGCCACAACGAAGGCCCUCCAGCGCCUUGAAUUCACUUGAAAAGGGUUCUAAAUAUAAAUAUAAAUAGUUAUUCAUUCAUGGCUUUGGCAAACUGAACAUCAAAACAGGCAUUAAGACCCCUUUCCGAGUGACUUGGAGACACGAUGGCCUUUGGUGGCGCCCCUGAAGAACAGGAGAAAUACACUAAAUACAAGCCUAGCGCUAGUUCAUCAUAAAUGCUGCGAAUUUCAUCGGUUCAGUUAUUACAAAACAGAUGAUGGGAUUGCCAGGAGGUGCGAAUUGGUUUCCAUUGCACACUUACUCAAAGUUUGCAAACGUAUUGAAAGGCUUUAGGACAAAAUGCUUGACAAUGGUUUGAACUUGAAACUUUUAACCUUACCUAGAUCUUUGACCUGAUUGGAUCUUGGGAGCCACUUCGAAACCAAUCUGCCAACUCCGGGUGUGGGUGAAGCCAGAUGAAACCAAAAUGACAAAAAAAUGUUGUGCUAAGCUUUUAAUUU